GGUUAUAAAAAUUUCUAAUCACAACAAAAAUAAUACCAGAAUAAUACGUUUCUGAGUAAUAUUCUUGCAAUAAUCAAUGUUAAAAAGUUAAUACUAAUUCACAGUUUUAUUAGAGAAAGUUCGUUUUUUUUAAUAAAAAACAAGAGUGUGCCUAAACAAGAAAUAAAUACAUUUUUGCAAAAUAUUGGUUAAAAAUUUGUUGGAUUUCUCUAGAAAGACCGUAAUUAUAUAAAUAAAUUUAGUCAAAAUGUCCAGAUUCAGUGGGGUUUUACAAUUAACUGAUCUAGAUGAUUUUAUUACACCUUCUCAGGAGUGCAUUAAGCCUGUAGAAAUCCAAAAAGUCAAAACGUCUGGAACUGGAUCUAAAAUAAAAAUUCAAGAAGAUGGCUCUUAUUUUCAAAUUGAAGAAGAUGGGAGUUUUCAAAAGCUUCAGAAAGUUGAAAUUACAUUAGCUGAUUGCCUUGCCUGUUCAGGAUGUAUAACUUCUGCAGAAAGUGUAUUAGUAACACAGCAGAGCCAAGAAGAACUAUUGAGAGUAUUUGAAGAAAAUACAAAUUUGAAAGUGGCGGGUCAAAUUGAUGAUGCUAAAGUUAUAAUAGUAUCCGUUUCUAUACAACCCAUACUGUCAUUAGCAUACAAGUAUGACUUGACACCUCAAGACUGUGCUGCCAAAUUAGCCACAUAUUUCAAAAUGUUGGGAGCAGAUAUGGUUGUAGAUAUGAAGAUAGCUGAAGAUUUUGCCUUAAUUGAAGCUGAAAGAGAAUUUAUUAAAAGAUAUAGGGCAACAGAGAGUGAUGGCGUAAAAAAUCAACUUCCUAUGUUAGCAUCUAGUUGUCCUGGUUGGGUUUGUUAUGCUGAAAAGACACAUGGCAGUUACAUUAUACCAUACAUUUCCUCCACAAAAUCGCCACAGCAAAUUAUGGGAUCCAUAAUAAAGCAAUGGGUUGGGAAAAAUAAGAGGGUUUACCAUGUCACGGUGAUGCCAUGUUAUGAUAAGAAGUUGGAAGCAGCAAGGGAGGACUUCUUCAAUCAAGAGACUCAGAGUAGAGAUGUUGACUGUGUUAUUACAGCUAUUGAAUUGGAACAAAUGUUGCAGUCAGCAGAAAUUUCGUUGGAAAGUUUGGAAAAUUCAAAGUUCUCUCAACCAUGGAUUGAUAACGUAGAAAACGAAAUAAUACCAGUUCCUCAUCGUAAUAUUGGAUCCGGAUCGGGAGGUUACGCCGACUACAUAUUUAGGAAUAGUGCUAAAGAGAUAUUUGAUUUAGACUGUGAUAAUUUAGACUACAAAACUUUAAGAAAUCCGGAUUUUAAAGAAGUUAUUUUAGAAAAAGAUGGAAAAGUAUUACUUCGAUUUGCCAUUGCAAAUGGAUUUAGAAAUAUUCAAAAUUUAGUACAAAAGUUAAAAAGAGGAAAGUCACCAUACCAUUAUGUUGAAGUUAUGGCCUGUCCAUCAGGCUGCUUAAAUGGCGGAGCUCAAGUGAGACCAAAAGAGGGAAUUACAGCUAAGGAAAUAACUCAAGAAUUGGAAAAAAUGUACUUAGAUUUACCAGUAAUGACGCCAAAAGAGAAUAAAACAGUUAGAGACUUAUAUGAAAAGUGGUUGGGUGGUCAAGAUAGUGAUAAGUCAAAUACAGUUCUCCACACGCAGUAUCAUGCAGUUGAGAAGGCACCAAAUGCCUUAAAUAUUAAGUGGUAAAAAUUAUAUCGUUUCUAAGUGAUGUUAUUGUUGAAUAUAUUUCUUUUUGUUAA